UAGUUAAAACAAGAAGAAAGUUGGAUAAUGUCCUUGUAAAACUGGCCAAAGACUUACUGGGAAUGUGUGUGUGCGUGUGCCUGUCCGUGUCUUAGUGUGUGUGUGUGUGUGUGAAUGGAUUUGGACUCUGGUCUCCUAAUCUCUCCUGGACUGUCGCUGCUAACUGCCUGUGGAACAUCUGCCCGUGAUAGGACGUCACUCUGCCAUUCUCUUCCUGCCCAAGGAGGCAAAUUAGAGCGGUGUAGCUGUAAAACAUGGAGCGUGCCUGAGACUCCUGUCGGAUCUGGAAUCAUUAUCAGUGGGGGGCAGUCUAGGGUAUUUGUUUAAUUUCCACUGGAAGAGUUUAGGGCUCUGUCAGGGAGGCGUUUGAUCUCCGCGUCUGUAAAGGAUUACAUGGCAGGGAGAAGGGAAAAGACAAGUAUUACAAUCCGUUCCAGCUUCCUUUGAUCCGUGUUUUGGACUGCUACUCAAACUUUUCUCUUGUUCUCAACUCUAUAGCAAACAUUCCCCCUCGUCCCCUCCCCUCUGUCUUUGUUCCACACAAGCACACACCAGACCAGUUCAGAUCUUCAGAUGGAGUCUGCUUUCGAACCCAUCUAACAAAUUCCUUUAAGUCAACUUUGGCUCUGGAACCGAAAAGCUGCUUUCCUGUCAAGUCAGGAUACACGCAGCCUUCCGGACACAAUGCCUGCAGGAUCUCACUGUGGGAAACUUUGAGAGGGGGGGAGUGUGCAGAAGGUGGAGCACAGCCGUGUGGGAGAGGAGCAAACGUUAGACUGAGGUGGAUGUUUGAGGGGAAAAUGAGGAUUCCAAGUUAAGCUGAAACUUCCACCGAACUCUCCAGAGGAUACUGCUGUUGCUUUGGGUUCCACUAUGGCUGGCAUCACUCGCAAAGGGUCAGGGAGACCCUCGUACUACUACAGAUUCCUUGGCAAGUCCCGACUGCAGCGUCAGAGGAGCCGGUCCCGCAGCCGCACCAGGCCAGUGGCCAGCAGGGAGUCUCCUCCGGAGAGGACCGGGCGCAGGCGUAGCGUCCCAGGGAGCUCCCCAACCCCCACCAUGGAGCCCGCCCCCGCCACCACCACGACACCUUUCCGAGUCACCGUGAGUACUGGCUUCCUAAGCCGGCGGCUGAAGGGCUCCAUAAAACGCACCAAGAGUCAACCCAAACUGGACCGCAACUCCAGCUUCAGGCACAUCCUGCCAGGCUUCAGGAGCGUGGAUAACGACAGGUCUCAUCUGAUGCCAAGGCUGAAGGAGUCUCGCUCCCAUGAGUCACUGCUCAGUCCCAGUAGCGCUGUGGAAGCUCUGGACCUAAGCAUGGAGGACGAGGUCAUCAUCAAGCCCGUUCACAGCAGCAUCCUGGGGCAGGACUACUGCUUUGAGGUCACCACUUCUUCGGGAACAAAAUGUUUUUCCUGUCGUUCAUCAGCCGAGAGGGACAAAUGGAUGGAGAACCUGAGAAGGGCAGUUCAGCCCAACAAGGACAACAGCCGGCGAGUGGAGAACAUGCUGCGGCUGUGGAUCAUCGAGGCCAAGGACCUGCCAGCCAAAAAGAAGUACUACUGCGAACUCUGCCUGGAUGACUCACUCUACGCCCGGACCACCUGUAAACUCAAGACGGAUAAUGUGUUUUGGGGAGAGCAUUUUGAGUUCAACAACCUUCCUGCCGUCAAGAGCAUCACGGCACACCUCUACAAGGACACAGACAAGAAGAAAAAGAAGGAUAAGAACAAUUACAUCGGGCUGGUCAACAUCCCUGUGGCAGCGGUCACUGGCCGGCAGUUUGUAGAGAAAUGGUAUCCGGUCAGUACGCCCAACCCUCCGAAGGGAAAGACCUCAGGACCUAUGAUCAGGAUCAAGGCCCGCUAUCAGAGCAUGAGUAUCCUUCCCAUGGAGCUGUACAAGGAGUUUGCAGAAUACACCACUAAUAACUAUAUGCUGCUCUGCUCGGUGCUGGAACCUGGGAUUAGCGUCAAGAACAAGGAGGAGAUGGCUUGUGCGCUGGUGCACAUCCUGCAGAGCACCGGCAAGGCCAAGGACUUCCUCACAGACUUGAUGAUGUCGGAGGUGGACCGCUGCGGAGAGAAUGAGCACCUCAUCUUCCGCGAGAAUACGUUGGCAACGAAGGCCAUCGAGGAGUACCUCAAACUGGUGGGACAGAAGUAUCUUCAGGACGCCCUCGGGGAGUUUAUCAAGGCGCUCUACGAGUCAGACGAGAACUGCGAAGUGGACCCUUCCAAAUGCUCGUCGGGAGAUUUGCCUGAACACCAGAGCAACCUGAAGAUGUGCUGCGAGCUGGCCUUCUGCAAAAUCAUCAACUCGUACUGUGUGUUUCCGAGAGAACUGAAAGAAGUGUUUGCCUCUUGGCGGCAAGAGUGCAGCAACCGCGGUCGACCAGACAUCAGCGAACGUCUGAUCAGCGCCUCCUUGUUCCUGCGGUUCCUCUGUCCGGCCAUCAUGUCUCCUUCACUUUUCAACUUGAUGCAGGAGUACCCAGACGACCGGACAGCACGAACGCUUACGCUCAUCGCCAAGGUCACACAAAACCUCGCCAACUUCACUAAAUUUGGAAACAAAGAGGAGUACAUGUCCUUCAUGAACCAGUUCCUUGAGCACGAGUGGUCCAAUAUGCAGCGGUUUCUGCUAGAAAUUUCAAACCCAGAGACAAUCUCCAACACGGCCGGGUUCGAAGGGUACAUCGAUCUUGGAAGGGAACUUUCCACCCUGCACUCCCUCCUCUCCGAGGUGGUGUCCCAGAUGGAGCAGAGUGCCACCUCCAAGCUCGGACCUCUGCCUAGGAUCCUGAGGGAGGUCAACACAGCUUUGUCAAACCCGUCCAGUGUACAGAUGACCCCGGGCCAGACCUCAGAUCUCAUGGGUUCCCCGGCCAACGAGGCGAGCUGCAGCAUCUCAUCAGGUCUGCAGAAGAUGGUCAUUGAGAAUGAUCUUGCAGGAUUGGUCGACUUUACCAGGUUACCAUCACCAACUCCGGAGAACAAGGACAUAUUUUUUGUGACUAGAAGCUCAGGGAUCCAGCCCUCACCGGCACGCAGCUCAAGCUACUCUGAAACCAAUGAGCCCGACAUGGGCAUGGCAAAUGGAAGCAAGAGUCUGUCCAUGGUGGACCUACAGGACCCUCGCAGUCUGGAAGGAGGCGCAGGUCCGAACACUUCUGACAACCUCGGUGAAAUCACCUCACCUGGAUGGUCAGCCAGAGGUCCACAGGGCAACAUCCCAGGUGGGCCUACAUUGAGGAGGCCAGUGCAGACGCCCCCCACUCCAGGAACAGAGAGCACCCCAGGUCGACCGGCUCAGUUACUCGCACCCUUAUCUUUCCAAAACCCAGUUUACCAGAUGGCCGCUUGUUUACCUGUGUCACCUCGUGGUAUGAACGACUCUGGUUCGGAGUGCCACAGUUCAGUCAGCUCACACAGCAACAACGAUGACGGACCAGCGGGCGGCAAGCACACCUUCAUGAAUCAUGGUGGUGGCGGUGGAAGUAGUGGGGAUGAAUACAGCAGGCACCCUGGCGAGUUCAACCGCAGACAGUUAUCUCUCUCUGAGGCUCAGCACCAGCCAACUGUACCCAGGCAAAACAGUGCCGGUCCACAGCGGAGGAUAGACCAGCCUCCGCCUCAGAGCAUAACACGAGGGCGCACGCCUCCGAAUCUCAUCAACAGCGGACCGUAUCCUCGACCCGGCUCCGGGAGCAUGACAACAUCAUCACCAGACUGGCCAGGCAACAGCGCUCGCUUUCGACAGCAAUCCUCCUCAUCCAAGGGAGACAGUCCAGAGACCAAACAAAGGGCUCACAAACAGGCCCCCUCCCCAGUGAACCCCAGUGCGCUGGACCGCACAGCAGCCUGGCUUUUGAAUAUGAAUGUGCAGUAUUUAGACCAUGAGGGGAUGGAGCCCGUGUCACUGAGAAACAGAGAGGAUCUGACUCAGGUGGAGAAGUACCAGCAGGAGAUCACGUUGCUGCAGGAGAAGCUGCGAGCGUCUGUGCAGAAGCUGGAAGAGUAUGAGGCACGAUUGAAGGGGCAGGACGAACAAGCCCAGAAGGUUCUUAUGGAGUACCAGGCCCGGCUGGAGGAGUCUGAGGAACGACUACGCAGGCAGCAGGACGACAAGGACCUCCAGAUGAAGGGCAUUAUCAGCAGGUUAAUGUCAGUUGAAGAGGAGCUGAAGAAGGAUCACUCUGACAUGCAGGCGGUGGUCGACUCCAAACAGAAGAUCAUCGAUGCGCAGGAGAAGCGUAUUGCAUCACUGGACGCAGCCAACGCCCGCCUGAUGAGUGCGCUCACCCAGCUCAAAGAACGCUACACGCCAAACCGCAACGGCAUCUCCCCGACCAACCCCACCAAGCUGCAGAUCACCGAGAACGGCGAGUUCAGAAACAGCAGUAACUGCUAGAGCGCCCGUGUGCGACCAGUGUGUGUGUGUGUGUGUGUGUGUGUGUGUGCCAGUGUGUGUACAGCUCCCCGACAGGAUGAUGACGUCUGCCUACGUGCAUGGAUGCAUGCCAGUUUGAGGCAAGAGAGCAAAGGUGUGUGUGGAUUCAGCUUAUGGACGAGACAGACACGCUCACCAAACAGCCUUCAAUGCGAGGGCGAUGGCCACAGGAGGCAGCAUUUGUACAUACGGAACUGAAAACCUUCCACUGGUGACACGUUUCAUGGAGGUUGUUGGGACAGAUCCUGCCUCUGCCUGGGACAAGCCACUACUUACCCCACACGCAGAGACGGUUCCUCGCGGAUCUUCCUCCUCAAGUCAUUUCAAGUGGAGUUUCGCUUCAGUCGAGAGGAUUAAUAUUAUACGCUUUAUUUUAACGUUAUUGUUUUCAGAGAGCCAAAUAGCAGCUGGAAAAUGAUAUUUUGGGACCCAAAACUUUCUUCCCUCUGUGCUCACUCCUUGGGUUCGUCCCCGAGCUUCCCCCUACGUAGUGCACUUUGUGAAAAGCUAUUGGUACAUUCAUCGCCUUAACUGAGGAACACAACUUUUACCCCAGAGCUACCCUGUUUUUCUGCGAAACAAAAACAAACAAAAAAAAUGGCACAACUUAUACUGUGGAUUUGUAAAGUAUGGAAGAUAAAGUGUACACAUUUAAAUAUAUGAUGAAAUUCUAUGUGAUACUAUAUUAAUGAAGUUUAAUAUAGAUGUAUACAUUUCUUUUGUUCUUCUAGGAUAUACACACAUAUAACUAUAUUUGAUAAUUUCAAAUAUGAAAAGCAGCCCUUUAUUUCGGAGUUUAUUUUUCUUGUGGAUGGAUGACAGGCUGGAGACCCUCUGAGCAAUGAGCAGCCCCAACCUUCAAUGGAACUGAGAGUUCCAUCAAAGCUGGCACAGGUUUGAGUUGGCGCUGCUCUGCUUUCAUUGUGGUCCUUCCCUUCUAGUAGCACAAGAGCUAUGAGGGACGCGUUCAACGUGAUAUACACUGGACUGGAUCGUGAGAAUGGACUCUGUUUUUGUUACACUCUCCAAGACUGCUUUGUUUGUCAGUGGUAAUGAAGUAUGCUGCAUCCAAACUGUGACUCGAUCAAUCUCUGUGGCUUCAUCGUCUCUGCCCAUCCCUGCCCAACAUUGGCUGGAUUUACAUGGUGAAACUACAUCUACAUGGUGCCACGUAACUCAUACUUGUUAGGCUCAAACUCAUCAAACUUGCUUAGUUUAAAUGGGAAUCUGUGGCCCUACAUCGAUCAAUGCAUGUUUUAUAUUUAUACCCGACAUCAAACUCUCUAACUGACCUGUAAGCAUACACUGUCCGGUUGCCACCAAAGGUCGACAAUGGGUGUCAGCAUGGACGGGUAAUGUUAGUUGUACCAACAGAAACACUACCACAACUGAAAAGUCGAGGCCCGCUCACAUGGCAUGGUUCAGAAAUCAAAAAAUCCCCUCCUUUCUGAGUCAAGAGGUUUUUGAAUUGAACUUUGUUUACAGAAUAAAAUGGGUCAAAAACGUAUCAUGGUGUCGUUCAUGAAUGUAGCAAACAAGACCUUUUUUUUUCCCCGUGACCAUUUAUUACGGUAUAUAACGUCCAAAUACCACAGUGGUGACCAGCAGCAAUGAUGAAGGGUGGAGGAUAGACUGAACCUACAUGGGCUACACUGUUCUGUCAGGUGACUUUCCACCAUGGUUUGUCAUAAUAAAGACGUUACAAACACCUAAAUUCACAAGGAAAACUGCAUAUUUUUGGAAUGUAAAUGGGAUUGCCCUUGAUAUGGUGCCAAGUUUUGUCAACAAAACACAAGCCUACGUUUUUGAUUUCUGAAGAUGCCUUGACUUUUCAUUCAUAAAAUUAGACAUCAAACAUUAUAUAUAUAUAUAUAUAUAUAUAUAUAUAUAUAUACAUGAAGGUACACAGAGUUUGAAGUGGCAAGUUAUGUUGGUCCAUGUUUCACCCUGUAAUGCCAGCCUUCUUUGGAGAUACAUAUGCUUCAUAAUGGUGCUUAACAAUGGUUUGCUUCUGAUUCUGGACAUUAGAACAUGGACUGAAGGUGAAGAAGAAAGAUUUGAGAAGAGUCAGAACGACAUCAAGACAAUCAACUUCAUUUACAGUGGCGACUCAGAUGGGGCAUAGUACAGACAUGUGACUGAGACUGUCCGAUACUGAAGGUACAACUGCGGAUUCAUAUGCUGAUAUGUAGUGUACACAACUCAAAUUGCUUUUGAACACUGUGGCAAGGGUCUUUUUAUGAUGCAAAGUGCUUCCUGACUGGCACAGUUUGGAAGCCAUCCUGAGCACAAGUGGACGCUACGAACCCUUUCCUGUUCACAUGGAAACUCAAUGAUAAGGUCAGGGGUUUUAUUUCGGGACACGCCGACUGCUCCCUGGUUACUCUUUCUUCCUGGUAUUUUCUCUUGUUUCCCAAGCAUUAGGUGGAGGGUUUCUCAUUAAGGUCUUAUUUUAUGAGCGAGUCAAAGUUCUGAAUUAUAUGAAAACCUAAUAAAAUACCAGGAAGAAAGAUUGAGGUGGAACAGUCAAACAUUUUUAAAAUGCUUGGCAAUAAUUUCCAAACAGGUAGCGACCUCUUUGGUGAGAAGGUGCAACACAUCUCACAGCUUCAGUAACUUAUUCCACAUGCACUUUGAAAGCACAUAUGUCUCCAAAUCACGCUCCUGCACAUGAAGAGAUCCACUGUUGACUGAUCAAGUACCUCCCCCCGAUCCCUCUGCACCCCCACCCCAUCACUUCAAAUCUCAUUUCAACAGUUUGUAUAUUUUUGUAUGGUUUUCUGUAGCGUGUGUGGCCCUGCAUGCUUCAUCUCUGCUCGAGGGCCACCAUCCAUUUGUUUACUUUCAAGGCAACGACGACGAUGAAUGCUUUCUGCUGCAGACAUAUAAGUGAAUAUAUGAUCACAGAGUGUAUUGAGAGGCUGGCCGCCCUGGGAAAGUGUAAAUAAAAUGCUCACACUAUUUUUACCUUCUGUUACUAGGAGCUUCUUUUGUAAAUGUACCUUGUGCUCAAACUCUGCUGUAUCUUUAUGGAGAUUGUAAAUAGCAGAUGUUAGCUCAGUCGGUCCGCUGUCCUCGCUGGCUAGAACUAUGUUAUACGAUUAAAUUAACAUUUCCGUGUUUCUCUGUCAAAACUGAUGUUUUAUUUUGUACUGAGAGUGGACUAUCACUUGCCAGAAAUAUAUCUAUAAAAGACUCGGUAAGUUUGG